UCCCUUACCGCUGCCCGGAACCCUUACCCUCUACUCUCUGGUGCAUCUUCAUCUCUCCGUGAACGCGAUAUGUUAGCGUUUGUUUGUUGUGAUUGAAGGUUGCCCUAGUGAUGAGUGUUUCCUUCGUGUUCUCCGCGGCGUUGUUUGCCUGCCUCUCCUGUAUUUCCUUCGCACAGUCUCCAGCCAGAACAACAGCACCAGUCUCGUUGCCAUCAUCCUGCCCAUCUCCAACAACUGGCCCACAACAACAGCAGGAUGGAGAUGCGUGGACCGGCAUGCCGGGAAGCAUCACCGAGAGAUCGUUCUUUGCCAUAAAGCCGGAUGGUCUUCAGAGGGGUCUCGUCGGAGAGGUGAUGUCGCGUUUCGAACGAAAGGGGUGGAAGCUGGUCGGGCUCAAGAUGCUCACUCCCGGCCGACAGCUGGUGGAACGCCACUAUGAGGAGCACGCCGACAAAGACUUUUUUGAGAAGUUGUUGGACUACAUGUGCUCUGGCCCGGUCGUGGCCAUGGUGUGGGAGGGGCACAACGUCAUCGCCGGGGGACGCAAGUUGUUGGGCGCGACGAACCCACUCGAGGCGGGAGCGGGCACAAUACGAGGAGACCUCUGCACGAACGCAGGGCGAAAUCUCGUCCACGCUUCGGAUGGGCCGGAGUCCGCCCGACGCGAGAUAGAGCUGUGGUUCAGUCGGGAGGAAACCGUACAGUGGAGUCGCGCGACGGAUCCUUGGAUAUCUAAGAACCUUUAAAAAUGAGUUGCGCAAAGGGUGGGUCAAAGCAUACCAGCUGUGGUUCGAGCGCAGCCGGAUCUGGCGUCGUCGAUGACAUUAGGUUCUACAAGCUCGCAACCGGAGGGUCCCUGGCUCCCACGUUCGACCAGGACCCAUCUCUUCCUCGACAGGCGUAUUUCAUGACGUUCUGGUCGUGUACGAGAGCUGGCGAUUCUUGAGGUUAUUGCUUGAAGCUCAGCCUCUCGGUUGCGGUAUACUUAGUUAAGAACUGAAGAGUGUUGAUGGACGGCUAACAAUAUAUUCGCACCUUUCGCUGUGGCAGCGGCCGGCACCUUAUCUUGGGAGUGGGACUGGGCGCAGCUAGGGUCGACACUCACAGGAGCCGCAGCACCGCCAAGUUGUCCAGCAACAAGCAUCUUAGGGCUGGCCUCGUCUGAAGAUGUUGGCAAGUGUUUGCUCCGCAACGCGGGGUGCGCAGCGUGAACAUUCCACAUUCUUCAAACGCCAACUUCACACCCGAGCAUACGGUGUUGGUUAGGCAGAAUUGGUACGUUACAGCGGUCCUUGUCAAGCCGAUAGAAGCGCCAGACAGAUCAGUUUGACCAGUGCUGCCCCGACUCCGCACGGACAUGCUAGCGUGGCGCGUUUCGACUCUGCGGACGUUGAAACCAACGGAUCUGUAGUGAAGGCCCAGGCCAUGGUACUCGGGUUGCCAUGUUCUAGACUACCGGGGGUUGCCAUGUUCUAGAC